AACACCAAAACACCAAAACACCAAAACACCAAAACACCAAAACACCAAAACACCAAAACACCACCAAAACCCAAAACACCAAAACACCAAAACACCAAAACACCAAACACCAAAACACCAAAACACCAAAAC